AUGCAGCAGAUCAGACGAAUGGAUGCUUUGGUCAUUCUCACCGUUACGUUGGUCACUCUCUUCACAGAUCUUGCUACUGCAGUGGCCGUCGGGAUGGUCAUCUCCUUGUUCUAUUUCGCGCUGGAAACCUCCAGCGCGGUACAAGUGGUGCCUCGCGAGCCCAGUGAAGGGGUGCAGAUCUACGAUGUCCAUGGCACGUUGUUCUUCGGUAGCACUUCGCACUUCCUGGAGCUUUUCCCAGAAGCAGUGGUCAAGAAGGACCCCGAAGACGUCCGCCUGGUCUUUGAAACCGGACAUGUGGCAGAUUUCUCAGCGGUGCAGGCCUUGAACAAGCUCGGCGAACGCUAUGGUGUUUAUGGCAAGCGCUUGACGCUGGAAAAGUUGAUGCCCAAGACGCACCGGGUUCUCUCGAGGGCGCAAGGAUUGUUGGUAGAGGAGAUUACUUUGUCGUUGGACGAGCAGAUGGUUCUGCCCAACCUGGAGCCAGAGCUGCCGUCGCAUCUGCACAUCGAGCGGGUGCCUUCAGUGGAUUUUUCCUACGUGGAGAGACGCAGAAGCCACUCGAGGGAUGAAUCUGAUUCUGCGUAG